GCACACGUGUGCUCUCCCAAGCAUCAGCGGCUAAACUUCCGGUUUGCGAAAGCGUAAACGCGUAAAGGCUACUGACUUCCGCUGGAUGGGUCAACAGGACCAAUGUUGCUUCCUGCCAGACUGUGCAUUUCACUGACACUGCGCCUCCCUCCUUGCUGUGCUGUUGCGUGACAUGUUCCUUCCGCCGGACAGUUGACGGCGACCUCCCGUAUAUCCUGAAAUCCUAUCCGCCUCGUCGACGUUUAGACUAAAUCGACGCACAGAAGGACCCAGCCGUGUGGGCCCGGGUUUGCCCGUGCAAUAUCUAGGGAACUUUAAACGACGGGAUUCUUUUCUGCAUUUGCCGAUGAAAAGGCUAAAUUCCGCUCGCUCGCUACGGUGGUCUGACUUUUGUGUCGGGCCCGACGGCUCGCUAAGUUAGCCAAAGGCCUGGGCAGUAGGAAUAUUGUCCCCUGCUUCUUUACCACCAAGUUUUGGCUGUGCUCUCGUCGUGUCCGGUAACUGCGGUGAAGCAAAACGCAAAAUCUGAGAAAUCGUCGUCUCGCAAUCAAGAAGGAAGAGAACCGUGUGACUCUUGCGCAUGCCGUCCGUCUUCACAUACCGGAAACCCGUUUGCUAAGCUAGUAGUAGCCUUUGUGCACCAAUGGUCGACCGCUAUCUCGCUUUUUGCGCUUGCCGUUCGUCCGCAACAACCUCGUCCGUCGCUUGACACCGCUCGAGAGACGGUCAUCUGCAAAACUCGUCUGCCGAAUUCACCGCCUGCUGGACUUGCCGUCUGCCGCAUCUGCCGACCUUGCCGUCGUCUGCUUUGCCUGCCUGCGUCGUCUGCUAGCUCCUCCAACGGGGAUCAUCGUCUGCUACUGCCUCAGUGGUUUCUGCUGGUGCCCGGAAGAUGAACGUGCACGGGAUCCGUCGCAACGUGAAGAAUGUGGUGCGGAACUAUUCGGAUGCCCAGGUGAAGGUCCGUGAGGCGACCUCCAACGACCCCUGGGGCCCGCCCUCAACGCUGAUGGGGGAGAUCGCGGACCUGUCGUACAACGUGGUGGCGUUCACGGAGAUCAUGCAGAUGAUCUGGAAGCGUCUGAACGACCACGGGAAGAACUGGAGGCACGUCUACAAGGCCCUCGUCCUGCUCGAGUACCUCAUCAAGACCGGCUCGGAAAAGGUGGGCCAGCAGUGCAAGGAGAACAUCUUCGCCAUCCAGACGCUCAAGGACUUCCAGCACACGGAAGACAACAAGGACCAGGGGGUGAAUGUGCGGGAGAAGUCCAAGCAGCUCGUGGCGCUCCUAAAAGACGACGAGCGGCUGCGCGCCGAACGGGGCCGCGCCCUCAAGGCCAAGGAACGCUUCGCCCAGGCCACCGCCCGCAUCGGCUCGGAGACACUGGCCAAGUAUGGCAGCGGCCGGCGGGACUCGUACGGGUCGGACGCGGCGUCGCCGAGGGGCGAGGGGGACGGGGCCAGCGGGCUUUCGUCGGAGCUGGAGUGCGCGCGGCCCCAGACGGCCGGGGAGGAGGAGCUUCAGCUGCAGCUGGCCCUCGCCAUGAGCAAGGAGGAGGCCGAGCAGGAGGAGCGUGUACGCAAGAACGACGACUUGAGGCUCCAGAUGGCGCUGAGCGAGUCUCAGCAGAGUGCAGUGGGCGGGGCAGCCACGCCCCUCCAGAACGGGGGCGGGGCCUCCUCGUCGCACCACCAGCAGCAGCGCUCGGGAUUGGACGACCUGCUCGGGCUGAGCCUGGGGGCCGCGGAAGCGGGCGGGGCCACGGCGGCGCCGACGGAUCCCUGGGGCAUGCCGCUCUACGACGGAAGUCAGGCGGCAGCAGCAGAUCCCUGGGCGUCUCCCUCGAGCAGUCGUCCGGGCACGGCCGCCGACGACCCCUGGGUAUCUCCGACUUCUAGGCCAGCGCAAGCGGCAGAUCCGUGGUCCGGUGGAGGUGCCACAGCCGCCAACGGAGGCGACCUGGACGAGUUUGACAUCCUGAGCAAACGGUCGACCACCACCAGCCCUAUUUCCGAGGCCAACCCCUCGGGAGGGGCGGACGCGUUUGCGCUGGGGGGCCUGCGGGGGGCCCUGGCGGCCCCCCCCGACGAGGAGGAGCUGGCCCGGCGGCGCACCCCCGAGAGCUUCCUGGGCCCCAACUCCAACCUGGUGAACCUCGACGCGCUGGUCACCACCAGGCCCCCAGCGGCUCCCCUCGGAGUACCGAUGGGCGCACCGGCACCAAAUCCCUUUGCGGCGCCACUGACGACCGCCGCGGCGGCCGCAACGACUCCCCUGGUGCCCGCGGCGGGCAACCCCUUUCAAGCGUCCAAGCCGCCUCCGCCGACCAUCAACCAGCUGCGGUCGCAGAACAGCGCCUUCCCCACGCCGCAGCAGCCGCCACUCCCCAUCGGUGCCGGCGUGGCCUUUCCACCGUCGACCCAAGCGGUGGUGCCACCGCAGCAGAACCCUUUCAUGUGAAAGCAGAGUCAAGGCCUGCCGCCGAAACCCCAACCAACGCCGAGGAAGAGUCCGGAAGCGAGCCGGCGGUCGCGUUCGGUCACUCUCGUUCCCCGAGGGAUUUUCGGAGAGGGCCGCGGGGACGAACCUUGGAGACAUAUGGGGAAAGUUUGGCAUUCAUUAGGGAAAUAUGGGGAAGUGACAGGAAUGUGAGGGAUGGACUCUGGGGACAUGUAGGGAAAUUGUGGGGGGUUGACAAGAGAAAAAUGGGAAGUGGAAUGGUUUAGUGAGCUGGCAGGAAUGUGAGUGACUGACGCUGGGGACAUUUAGGGAACUUUCUUGGAUUUGACUUUGGGGGGGGGGGAUGAGGGAAAUGGUAGGUCUAGGGAAGAGGCAGCAUUGUGUGUGUGUGGGCACUGUGAAGAGCUGAUUGGGGAGAUGUAAUUCUCUAGAUGAAGGACAUCUGGGACCCUUAGUGAUAUGAUAUGGAAAGACAAGGAACCUGAAUAUUUAGGGAGGUGGUAAGGGCAGUUUCAAAUGUUCUUGAAAGAACUUGUUUGGGUAAGGCUGGAGUUGCAAGAAUUUGUAUGGCAUGUCAGUAAUUCUAAGAAAAGCACUAGGGAUAUAAUAAACUUUGGGUAUUUUUUUUGUGGCCCCUGACCCUAUUAAAGAUUUUAAAUGAGAAUCUUGGAUGUAGGGAAGGUCCCACUAAGAGCUGAGGGAUGCUCAGGGGCAUUUAUUUAGGCAAUUGUUCAAAUUAUGGUGCUGUAGGGAAAGAUUGUCAUUUGGGAGGUUGUGGGAAAUUCUUAGCACUGUGUGCUGCAGUGCUUUUGGGGAAGCUGGUGGUUCUGGGAUUUCUUGGGCUGAUUUAGGUAAUUACAUGCAAGAAAUUAAUUUAAUAUAGGAGAAAUGCUUGCGACCUGUUAAAGGAUGCCAGUUUCAAAGAAAGCAAUGUUGUAGAUAAUAUUGAACAAAUCCAGGCACUUCUAAAACUGGUAAUUUUCUAAAUUUAUACGAGCACCUGGAAACUGUCUUGGUGACACUUAAGGAAGUAUUUGUAGACUGAGGUAUUUAGGGCAAGCGUAACACUAGAGAUGAUGAACGUUUAGGGAAGCUUGCUGCGGCACUCAAGAGCAACAAGCUAACUUCCUAAAAAGUGAAGUGCCAUAACGGGCAAAGAGCAAUUUCGGGGCCAUUUCGACCUCGAUAUAUGGAGUAUAUCUGGGGGUAAUUAAAAACAAAUAUGCUUUAGGGGACUGAUACGAGCCUGCUGGUUCGCCAGUUUCUCCAAGAAGUUGUGCGACACAUCUGUUAAGCUGGGCACACGUACGAGAUGAAAACGGGCAUAUACUUCCUGCUUACCGCAACAGGAAAUACUACCUGUAAGCUUAGGACUUCCUCCCGAGAGUUUUUUGUAUUUAUAAAUGAACUCCUAACAUGCUUUCGAUUCAAGUUUGGCGGUGGUCUACUGGACGGUGCUCGAUGAAGCGGGGCAGGUGGAGCCAGAAUGACCGAAUGCAAUUGUGGUGGCGCCGCCGGUUCGGCGCGGAAGCAGUCGUAACGUAGCAACACGAGGCUUUUGCAUUUCCGUCAUUUUACGGGUUUCUGAGUUUGUAAAGAUUACCACAAGAGUACUGUAAAAAUGAAAGGUCUGUUUGCUGGCUUUCAACAAACUUUUGUCUUGGGGCAGUUGCUUAACGUCUGAAAGCUGUUAUCCCCAGAUAUAUGUGCUGCUUGAUUUGUGGUUUAUUUUUCUGUAGAAAGCUGCUUCGAUGGGCCGCGGGAGAUUCAGCAGCUGGGCUGCUGAGUUUUGCUUAGAGAAGCUUUUCUGGCGACGACUGUGUCCAGGCGGAAGUGGAAAAACGCGUUUCCUUGCGUUGCAGGUUUUAAAAGCUGUGCCGUCUCUCUCGUCUGGGAUGCUUUCACCACUUUUGGAGGAGGGGGAGAGUGAAGAGCUGCCGAAUAAACAGUUAGAGAGAGCGUGUUGCUUAGAAAGCGGGUCGUUUUUGUACUCACCGUUUCUAGUGGCGAGGAGGAGAUGGUAAAGUGGAACAAUCCAUAGCACCGCAACAUUGCCGCCAUCGCGUACCGGAGUUUAAAUGUAUCGUCCGCUAUUGUCCCGUCGGUCUGCGUGCAUUUCGAAGAGUCGAAAUUGUGCGACCACGACGUACUUGCAGCAAUUUUGGGGGAGUCCCAGUUUUCCACUUCGCUAGCGAACCGGAUUAGUGGACGCGGCCUCGGAGACACUGUUGUCUUUAAAUCUGGUUGUCACGUCGUCUGCGACAACUGCAUUGGUUUUAACCCGGUUUUUAAUCAUAAAGUCCGGUACUGUUGAAAAUAUUGAAUCCUUCAGUUUUUAACUUGGGUUGGAGUCUGUCAGAAACGGUCGAGGGUGUGGUCUAGAAAAUCGUCACGGGAGGCAGACAAGCUUUAAAGUGUCGGGUUUGGGGAGUAGGCGCGACGAUUUAGUAACCAAAUUAUUUUAGUUAGUCUAGAGACGUUUGUUGGCCCCUCCGAAAAAAGGAGUGCAAUGAACGAACGCUUUGUUCAACAUGUUUUCUGCGUGCGACGCCGUGCAGAGUCUGUCAACGCUCGUCGUCUACUGUCUGGGCGGUGGCAACUUUUAUACAUUAGGCAGGGGGCGCCGGGGUCUCUCGCUUCAGGCGGCGAAUCGUCGUUGCCACGGUUAAGACGACAAGAAGAUAUAUAUACAACCAAACAAUCCGCUUUUGGGUGACUCACAGCGUGCAUGCAGUGGAUAUUGGAGAAGAAUAAAAAGCCGUUAUUUUGAAGUCUGA